UGUCAAGGCCAGAAGUGGAGAAGGCUGUUUGGCAGCUCCACCGAGUGUGUGAGGAAUUAUACACACGCACACAGACGCGCGCGCACACGAACACACACACACACACACACACACACACACACACACACACACACACACACGCACACACUGCAGGCCAGCCCUGUUUUUACAGCCCAAGCCUUACAAAGCUGUUCUCGCCACAGAGAUCAGGACACGGUUUGGUGCUGAACUCCUGCCAAGGCGGCGACAGGCAGGCGACACAAGAGCGAACGCAGGGAGUAACAGCAAGAGCCGGGAGCGAACAGAAAUAGAACAAACAAAAAAAACGUUUUUCAACUUCUUGCCAGAACUGCCGUCCUCUGAGCUUGCGGAUUCCGCCGAUGGUCCAUUCAGAAAGAAGAGGGCUGUGCUCCUAUGAUAUAAUGGGAAUGAAUGGGUUGCUAUGGUAACUGAAAGUGGCAGGCCGACCCGCUACGGCUGGAUGUUGAAUGAAAGAGGGGCCGCGGUGGCGAGCAAGCUAAAGUAGCGGGAGAGUCGCAGGCUAGUGGGAGCGGGGGAGCGCGGCGGGAGUGCGGGUACAAGCGGAUCCCCAGGAUGGAGGACGGCUUCUCCAGCUAUAGCAGCCUCUACGACACGUCUUCGCUACUGCAGUUCUGUAACGAUGACAGUGCCUCUGCUGCUAGCAGCAUGGAGGUCACAGACCGCAUUGCGUCCCUGGAGCAACGUGUCCAGAUGCAGGAGGAUGAGAUCCAGCUGCUGAAGUCCGCUCUGGCUGAUGUGGUGCGGCGACUGAACAUUUCUGAAGAGCAGCAGGCCAUGCUGAACAGGAAGGGACCCACCAAAGAGCAGACUGUGGACUACAGCGCCAGCAAGCCAGCUAGACCCCUGAUACCAGCCUUACCCCUGAGACCCACAGUCAACAAUGGCAUAACCCAACCAAAGAAGACCAGUGCACUACCAUCACCGUCUGGCUCCAGGAAGGAAGCCUCAGCACCAGCGACCAAGAGCACUGUGAAGAGAACCAGCUCUUCAGAACGCAUGGGUUCCAUCCAGCGAAAGGAGAGCAUUGGUGAUUCGAAGAGCAGCCGCACACGUGCUGGCUCCACAAGCAGCAACUCCAGCGGCAAGAGGUCGAGUGAGAGCAAGCUGAAGGAGCCCGUGUUCAGCGCAGGGAUGCGACGAGUGACACACUGCAAAGAGGAAGGUUAUGUGAAAAUGUAUCUGAAGGGCCGCCCGGUCACCAUGUACAUGCCUAAAGACCAGGUGGACUCCUACUGCCUGGAUGCUAAGUCUGAACUUCCUUCCAAGAAGCUGAAACUCGACUGGGUCUAUGGGUAUCGGGGCCGAGAUUGCCGUUCAAACCUGUACCUGCUGCCCACGGGAGAGACGGUGUACUUCAUCGCCUCGGUAGUGGUGCUCUACAGUGUGGAUGAGCAGCUGCAGCGCCACUAUACUGGCCACACCGAUGACGUCAAGUGCCUGGCCGUCCACCCUGACAAAAUUACCAUAGCGACGGGACAGGUUGCAGGCACCUCAACAGAUGGCAAACAACUGCCCCCACAUGUCCGUGUGUGGGAUUCGGUGAGCCUCAACACACUCCACAUCCUGGGUACGGGCUUCUUUGACCGUGCUCUUGCCUGUCUGGCCUUCUCCAAAUCGAAUGGUGGCAGCACGCUUUGUGUGGUAGACGACUCCAACGACCACGUCCUUUCCGUGUGGGACUGGCAGAGAGAGGAGAAGCUUGCUGACGUCAAGUGCUCCAACGAGGCUGUGUUCGGGGCUGACUUCCAUCCCACACACACCAGCAUCAUUGUCACCUGGGGCAAGUCCCACCUAUACUUCUGGACACUAGAGGGGAGUUCCCUUAUCAAGAAGCAGGGCCUUUUUGAGAAACAAGAGAAGCCCAAGUUUGUCUUGUGUGUAACUUUUUCAGAAAAUGGUGAUACCAUAACAGGGGACUCCAGUGGAAAUAUUCUGGUAUGGGGAAAAGGUACUAAUCGCAUCAGCUACGCCAUCCAGGGGGCACAUGAGGGUGGCAUCUUUGCCCUCUGCAUGUUGCGAAAUGGAACAUUGGUUUCAGGAGGAGGAAAAGACCGCAAGCUCGUCUCCUGGGAUGGAAACUACCAGAAAAUCCAGGGAGCAGAGAUUCCUGAACGAUUUGGUCCUGUGCGCACAGUGGCCGAGGGUAAGGGGGAGAACGUGCUCAUUGGGACCACCCGCAACUAUGUUCUACAGGGUUCUCUGUCGGGGGACUUCACCCCUAUCACUCAGGGCCACACAGAUGAGCUGUGGGGCUUGGCUGUGCACCCCUCAGAGCCCCAGUUCCUCACCUGUGGCCAUGACAAGCAUGUCUGUCUAUGGGACUCCUGCUCCCACCAACCACUGUGGACAAAGACUAUUGAGGAUGCAGCUCAGUCUGCCGGCUUCCACCCCUCUGGAGUUGUGGUUGCCAUAGGAACUCAGAGUGGCAGAUGGCUGGUUCUGGACAGUGAAUCAAAGGACCUGGUCACUGUCCAUACAGAUGGGAAUGAGCAGCUGUCUGUCAUGCGCUACAGUCCAGAUGGCAACUUCCUCACAAUCGGCUCCCAUGACAACUACAUCUAUAUCUAUGCUGUGUCCGACAAUGGCAGGAAGUACAGUCGAGUUGGGAAGUGCUCAGGUCACUCCAGCUUCAUCACCCACCUCGACUGGUCUGUAGACUCGCAGUAUCUUAUGUCCAACUCAGGGGACUACGAAAUACUUUACUGGAUUCCCUCCGUGUGCAAGCAGGUGGUGAGCGUGGAGACGACCCGGGACAUCUCUUGGGCCACCUGUACUUGCACCCUGGGCUUCCAUGUGUUUGGGCUGUGGCCUGAAGGCUCUGACGGAACAGACAUUAAUGCUGUCUGCAGGUCAAAUGAGAAGAGGCUGCUUGUUACUGGGGAUGACUUUGGAAAGGUCCACCUCUUCUCGUACCCCUGUUCCCAGUUCCGGGCUCCUAGUCACGUUUAUGGCGGGCACAGCAGUCACGUGACCAACGUGAACUUCCUGUUCGAUGACAGUUACCUGAUCUCCACAGGAGGGAAGGACAUGAGCAUCAUGCAGUGGCGGGUUGUAUAAGGCUUAGAAGCAGGGGCUGUAAGAGUAAUUACUCUGGACUAAGAGGGUAGGGCUAUCCCAAAGUUCCAAAGAAGAGCGCAAAGACAUAACUUUGGGCGACAGUGCACAGAUGUGAUGGACUCAGCCGGCAGCCCAUAUUAUGUCUCAUAGUAUUUUAUUCUUUUAAUUGUAUUUCACUGCUCAGGAAACCAACGGAAACUGAUAUCUGAAAUUGCCACAGCUUCUCGGUGUCACACAAAAGUUACAUUUCAGAAAUACAAGCAAGAUCUUAUUCCAUGGGCUAAUUUGAAUGAGGCUUAAUGACAGACAGCACGUCGAGAAGUGUGGUAUGUCUAUGUAAAUCACCAACAAUCCGUUGGGGGCUCAACUCUGUCACACUAAUGCCUUUCAGAGAUGCUAAAUACCUUCUGUUUUCCCUGUAGCUGGCUGCAAAACACACAGUACACACAAAUCGGUGUCCUCCUUUGUACCAGCAUGCCUGUAGCCUCUGCUGCGACUUCUCGCUGCCCAUCCCUGGUCAAUGGAGGACCUGCACUGCACCACCUCAACCGAAUUGACUGUGCCGCCAUACUUUAUUAUGCCUUCUGCUCCUUGUAACACGCCUGCAGUCCACUUAUCACACCACUACUUUAAAUAAAAUGUACAGAAUAGAAGACUUUGAGCCAACGCAUGAAUUUUACAGUUGACCUUCAGACUUAACUUUGUUUGGAACACGGUAUCUGCAUACCUUCCGUAUCUAGUCCUUCCCACUUGUUAGAAGGAAGCAUUUAGAAUCAUUACCAGUUACAGUAAGCUAUAACACAAGGGUGAAAACACUUUAAUCACUUUCACUGCCUUUGAUAUAUAGCCAGGUGUAUAGAAAGACUGUGUUAAGAGUUCCAGAGUUCAUUGCUAUAUACAGCAGCUCAGCAAGAGUGACAUAAAGAACUGUCUAUGUAUGUAUGUGAUGUGUCCAAACAUAACACUGCAUGCAGCUCAAGUGCAGCUCUUAUAUUAUUUUCACUGGCAAGGAAAUUCCCCAUAACAGUACCUUUUCAACAAAGAGGUUAAUAUGCAGAACUUUUGUGCGAGAUGUUGUACAUUAACAACAUGGGGUCGGCCCACAUCUUUCUGGGACUAAAGCCCAUAGUUGCGUUUUUGUGCAACUCUGCUCGCAGUGCGGAUAUCAGGGUUUGGAAUUAACCAGGAUCACUAAUGAUUAAAUAUCCCAGGCUACCGGGGCUCCUUCCACAACAAUGACCCCAUGUCCCUAAGAGAGUCAAGAGCGCUUCGACUGACCAAAAAUAUACUUUGUAAUUUCCGCUGCAUAUUUCCAACAGGAAAAAUCAUGCUGAUCAUAACUGUGUAUGUCACACUCGACCGUAACUGUUGGAGUAAUCUUCACCGAUAUCGCUAGAAACCAUUACCGUGACCUCUCGUUACAUUGCAUGUUGUGCAAAGAGAAGGCAGGUUUAUUUUGAAGACAUGAAAUGAAACGGAAAUGGAAACUCUUGAGGUCCUACAGCUUUCAGACGUGGGAUGAUAGAGAGAAAGAAAGAAAAGUAGCUAAAUAACUGCAAUGUACUGUUUCCAAUGGGGAAUGUAUGUAGAGCAAUGACAUGAAAGGUAGUUUUCAUUACACAAUAACAUUAAUAUUGUACAAUGCAUAUGUGUUUGAGAAUGAAAUGUGUAAUAAAUUCACAAACCUCAUCAGC